UCUAAAUCCAUCUCUCUCUAAAACUCCAUCUCUCUCACAUCACCGCCUCUAUCCACCCGGAUCCUAACCCAAACCCAAGGACCCUAAUACCAUUAAGCUAUAUCCAGUUUUUGGACCCAUGCCGGACCCGAAUCGAGUCCUAGUCCCCUGCUGCGCGCGGUUGCGAGAGAGGUGUAAACUUUCCUCAAGCGCUCGCUGUGCCCUACCAUUAUCUCAUCUCCGUCCCUAACACAAGAGGAGAGAGAAACACAGUGAUGGAAACAUGGCAUAAAUAGUUUGAUUUCGCAGAAGAACAGAGGCUAGGUCACCAUGGCCAUGUAAAUAGAGAGUAGAUGUAUGUGUAACCAUAUGAGGCCUCCAUGUGUCAAUCCUUGGGCAGGUGUCACUCUUCUCCCAAACAAUCCCUCCCCAAUAUUUCAAAUUCCUCUCUUCUCUCUCUCUCUCUCUCUCUCUCUCCAUGGAUUCUCAGACCAUGACAAGCCCCACCUGCCUUUCUCCUCCCCCACAAGAGAGCGACCCGCUCUUGCUCAAACCAGUGGAUUGGCUCAUCGACCUUCUCUCUAUACACCUCAACUUCAUUUCCCAUUUCUUCUCUGCAAUUUCAUCCACUUUCUAUGCCUUCUUAUCCAUAGUUCUCGAGUGCUUUCACUCGACUAAUGCGGCCCAACACAAGGCUGAAGAGACCGCUCACCAGGAGCUCGAAGCCAUUUCGAGAGCUCCCUUUGCCGUGGUUGAAGGUGGGGGUCUAUUUGCGAAGAAGCUGGUUUUUGGCUGCUUGGGGGCCACUUAUGGGAAUUUCAAGAGUUUGGUUCGUGGGAAGAGAGCUAUACCAGCCGGUCACACCUUCUUUGUCUCUGUGGUUCUAGUAAACUCAUCGGUAACUUUUUCCGGCCAUUAGAUCCGGCGGAACUAGUAUUGGGCGACUCCCCUGGUGAAUAGAACUCAUCCUCGAAUUCGCUAGAUUCUGUCAAAGACCUAUCAGAAAAUGGCUCAUUCUCUCAGGAAAAAGCCCCAUUAUCGCUGGGAAAAGCCACAUUCUCACCACAAACAGGCCUGGAUAGAGGCGGCAAUGGCGUAAUUACGAGUCUUCUUUACGAUGCCCAAGGAAGAGAGAGAAAGUCCACAUUGACAGGAAAAAUAAGAGUGAGGAUUGAGUUGAGACUUGAGAGUGUAGAGAGAGAAAAGAGAGAGAAAAGAGAAUGGGAGAUGAGAGAAAGAGAUUGUGGGUAACAGAAAGGUAAGGUAGGCAAAGGCAUGGAACGGUGAGGAAUUAAUUGAGUCAGAGAGAGAGAGCAAAUUGAGAUUUGUUGAGAGAGAUAGCAAAUUGCUUUUUUUAGGGAGGAAACUGGAAAGCUUUGGUAGGGAGAGCAGAUUGAUGAGGAGAGAGAUAGCAAAUUGAUAGUUUUAGGGAGGAAACUGGAAAGCUUUGGUAGGGAGAGCAGAAUGAUGAGGAGAGAGAUGGAGUUUUAGAGAGAGAUGGGGUUGAGAUAGGGUUUAUUUGGGUCAAAAAAUUAUGGUAAAAAAGUA